AUGGGUUCAGGUAGUACAAAAGGUGCCAAGACGACGUCAACCAAUGAAGUUGUAGCAGAUGUGAUACUACCCGGUGCAACAGAGGCUUUUACGGUGCGGGGAAAAGUUGGCCGUCCUAAGCCCACACCGGAACAUACUGACGACGCUGAAAGAGAUUCAGUGACAAACACCCGACUCUUCACUGGAAGUGACAAUCGCCCUGUGCCAGAUGAAACUGAAACAUCUAAAACAAUUGGUAACAAACAGUAUCACCAGCCGACUGGCAAAAUCUCUGGUUCUCAUCGUGAAGAAGUGCGGCCUAAGUCUGCUGCAGCUAAGAAGAGUAGCACCGCUACAGUGACAGAAGUGGCAAAGGAUACUUACACUAUUGAAUAUGAAAAUCAGCGGUUUGAUGUAUCGGGUAGUGAAUUUUCCACAUUUCUGCAAGAUGCAGCUGAAAUGACGGUCACAGAUACAUUAAAAGUUUCUGAUCCAUUCCAAGCUGGUGGGUCUGGAAAAACCUUUCAAUUUAAAGUGUUGAAACCACAAUCUGGCGAAGGACCAAUGAGACUGCAGCUUCAGAAUCGUUACAUGGAAGUAGAAGAUUUGGAAGAGGAUGUGAUUGAUGAGAUACUGGGUGUGCCAGUCACAAGUAACAAAGAAAAUGAAAGUCCAGAUGAAAAGAUUUCUGAGAAAAAAGAGCAAAUGAGACAGGCUUUACAAAUGAAAAAGACACAACUCACAAAAGAACAGUAUGAACAGAUGAUAGCCAAUCACAAACAAGAAACGGAGUUAAUGGAAUUAAUCAGGAAGAAGGAGAAAAACAGACAACAGAUAGCGUUGGAAGAAAAGAUGAACCAACGGAGAAUACGUAAAAAAAGAAAAGAGGCUGAGAAAAGGGAACAGGAUUUGCUGCUUGCAGGACAGGCUUCUCAGUAUCAGAGUACCAAAGGUAAAUCCUCACAGGAAUCUGAGAUGGACGAAAACAAAAAGAAGGAGAUUGAAGAUGAAAUCGCUAAAAAAAAUUCUGAAUUUGAACGUGAACUACAACUGAAGAAACAUCAACUGUCUGAACACGAGUACCAACUGAUAAUUGCUGAGCAUAAGCAGCAUAUGAUAGAAAUGACCAAAGAUCUAGAGAUAGCGGGUGAGCGUCAGAAACAAGCACUUGCUGCUAAACUAGAGGAGCGAAAGAAAAGAAGAGCUAGGAAAGCAGAGAAAGUUAAAUUACAGCAAGACGUUGUCACGGAUGCAUCAGUUUAUGUCAGCGAUGAUUCAGAUGUGGAAAUGGGUGAAGAGAACAAACUGAAAAAAAUUCAGAAAGAAAUUGACAAGAAAAAUGGGAAAUUUGCUAGAGAUGUAGAACUAAGGAGAAGAAAUGGAGAGAUAUCUGAUGAAGAAUAUCAAAGGUUACAGAAAGAACAUAACAGUGAUAUACAGCGUUUGGUUAACAAGCUUCAAGAAGAGAAAGCCAGACAGCAACAGGCAGUGCAAAACAAGUUGGGCUCUAAAAAAAGUGGGGCUUGGCAAACCAAAGAAGAACAGGAGAAAAUGCUGGAUAAUCAACUAGCGGAUGAAGUGGCUGCAACAAAAUCUGAAGUAAGUGAAAUAGAAAUGCAGAUGGCGAGAGCAAAGACUCAAUUUGAGGAAGAAAUGAAAAAAAAAAGAAACAAGAUAUCUAAAGAAGAGUAUGAAAAAUUGUUAGCGGAACAUGAAGAGGAGAUGGAGAGACUGAGGCGGAAAUUGGACAGAGGAAAAGACCGACAGAGGUUGGCACUGUUGGAGAAGUUAGCUAACAGAAAGAAGAAAAGGGGGAUGAAAUUGACAGAGGAGGAGGAGAGAGCAAAACUUUUAGCAGCAUUGAAAAACAAAGAGGUUUUGAGUGAAGAACAACUGAGGCUAUUACAAAAAGAUAUUGCACAGUAUCGCAGUGAGUUUGAUGAAGACAUGAAGAAGAGAAGAUCACAGCUCUCUCCUGAAGAGUAUGAACGAAUUAUGGCAGAUCAUAAGAAAGAUAUGGAAGAUUUGGAGAAGAAAUUACAGCAGGAGAAAGAGAAGAUGGGGAUGAGUUUAGCUGAUAAAAUUGCAGCAAGGAAAAUGAAAAAGAAAGGCAAGACAACUCCUGAAGAUGAAGUUCUAGAUCAAAUUGGUGAAGAAAUAACCGAUAUUGAGGUUGAAAUACAGAAGAAAGAAAAAGAAUUUCAAAAGAAGAUAGAAAGAGGCAAAAUGUCCAAUGCUGACUAUGCAAAGUUGUUAGCUGAACACGAUGAGGAAAUGGAAAGGUUGCGAAGGAAGUUAGCAUUGCAGAAAGACAGGCAGCGUCAAAAAUUACUUGAGAAGAUUGCCGCACGAAAGAACAAAAAGGAUAUGAGAGCCACUGAAGAGGAGCAGCGAGCAAAAUUAUUGGCGGCUUUGGUUAGUAUGGGUAUAUAUAGUUUUUGUGUAGCUGUGUUGGUUAGUAUGGGGUAUACAUAG